CAGAGACAGUCUCCUGAACUCAGCUGUGUGUCCAUGAGGAAUAAUGCAUGAAAUGGAAAAUCCACUUUGCUUUAGUUCAGAAGACUCUUGUGCUGAUGUCAGUAUGAUUGAGGAAGAAUCUCCUGGACCCAGCUGUGUGUCCAUGAAGACUGAUGCAUCAAUGGAUUGUCCAUUUAAAUUCAGUUCAGGAGACCCUUCUGCUGAUGGGAGGCUGACUGAGAACGAUCCUUCUGAACCCAGCUGUGUGUCCAUGAAGACGGAUGCAUCAAUGGAUUGUCCAUUUAAAUUCAGUUCAAGAGACCCUUCUGCUGACGUGAGUAACAAACAGGAUGGGUCAGUGUCUUCCAUUGGAAAGAAGCAACUGGGAAACAUUUUUAAGAAGCUUGAGGACACAGUCAUUUCUCUAUUGAAGAAAGAGCUGAUGAGGUUCAAGGAGCUACUGAGCUCAGAUUACCCAGUGUCCUCUGAGAUAGAGGAAGAAAAUCAGGUCAGAGAGUGGUUUCUGAAGAUCACACUUCACGCCCUGAGAAAGAUGAACCAGACAGACCUCGCUAAAAUACUACAGACCAAGCUGGCCCCUUUGUAUCUGAAAAAGCACAAAUCCAGACUAAAGGACACCUUUCAAAGAAUAAAUGAAGGAAUAUCAAAGCAAGGAAACUCGCUUCUGAAUGAGAUCUACACAGAGCUCUACAUCACAGAGGGAGGGAGUGGAGAGGUCAACAAUGAACACGAAGUGAGACAGAUUGAGAGAACAUCCAGAAGACCAGAGAUGCCAAUCAAAUGCAAUGACAUCUUCAAAACCUUACUAGCACAAGACAAACCCAUCAGAACUGUGCUGACUAAAGGAGUGGCUGGAAUUGGAAAAACUGUCUCUGUGCAGAAGUUCAUCUUGGACUGGGCUGAAGGGAAAGAGAAUCAGGAUAUUCACUUCAUGUUUCCACUUCCGUUCAGAGAGCUGAAUUUGAUGAAGGAGAAAAAGAUGAGUCUGAUGGGGAUUCUGUAUCAGUGUUUUACAGAUACAGAAGAGCUGAGAUCAAAAGACAUUCAUGACUAUAAAGUCCUAUUCAUCUUUGAUGGUCUCGAUGAGUGUCGACUUCCUCUAAAUUUCCAGAACAAUCAGAGGUUGUGUGAUGUAACAGAAUCAGCUUCAGUGGACGUGCUGCUUACCAACCUCAUCAUGGGGAAUUUGCUUCCUUCUGCUCUCCUCUGGAUCACCUCUCGACCAGCAGCAGCCAGUCAGAUUCCUCCUGAGUGUGUCGACCAGAUCACAGAGGUACAAGGCUUCAGUGACCCUCAGAAGGACGAGUAUUUCAGGAAGAAGAUACACAAUGACAGUCUGGCCAAUAAAAUCAUCACACACAUCAAAUCAUCAAGGAGCCUCCACAUCAUGUGUCACAUCCCAGUGUUCUGCUGGAUUACAGCUACUGUUCUAGAGGCAAUGUUACGUGAAUCAGAAAGCGGAAAGAUCCCCAACACUCUCACUCAAAUGUUCACACGCUUCCUGAUCUUUCAGACCAAACUGAAGACCCAGAAGUAUGAAGGAAAAUGCGAUGUGGAUCUUCAGCAGACCAAAAAAAAUCUUCUGUUACUGGGCAAACUGGCUUUUGAACAGCUGGAAAACGGGAACCUGAUCUUCUAUGAGGAGGACCUGAGAGAGUGUGGCAUUGAUGUCAGAGAAGCGUCGGUGUACUCAGGAGUUUGCACACAGAUCUUCAGAGAGGAGUUUGGGCUGCAUUUGGGGAAAGUCUUUAGCUUUAUGCAUCUUAGCAUUCAGGAGUUUCUUGCUGCUGUUUAUGUAUUUGUGUCCUUUGUCAACAAAAACACCUUCACUUCCAAGUCAAAAAUGCAGGAAUUUCUAAAGAGUGAAGUGGACAGGGCCUUACAGAGUGCAAAUGGUCACCUGGACCUUUUCCUCCGUUUCCUUUUGGGUCUAUCACUGGAGUCUAAUCAAACAGUCUUUCAAAGCCUAUUCAAACAACGAAGAAACAGCUUUCAUAGUGGACAGGGCGUUGUUAAGUACAUUAAGAGGAAGAUUAGGGAAAAUCCCUCUUCAGAAAAAUCAAUCAAUCUGUUCUACUGUCUAAAUGAAUUGAAUGAUCAUUCUCUUGAGCAGGAAGUACAAAUAUUCCUAAAGAGAGGUAGAAGUGGUAUUUCCAACCUCUCUCCUGCUCAGUGGUCAGCUCUGGUGUUUAUGUUACUAAACUCAGAAAAGGAACUGAAUGAGUUUAAACUGAGUGAAUAUCAUACAUCUGAAGAAUGUUUACUGAGGCUGCUGCCAGUGGUAACAGCAUCCAGGAUAGCUGAUCUGAGUAAAUGUCAUCUCAAAGAUUAAAGUUAUUCAGCUCUGGCCAAAGUUCUCAGCUCAUACUCCUCAAGUCUGAGAGAACUGAACCUGAGUAACAAUAACUUGCAGGAUUGUGGAGUGAGGGCGCUCAGUGCUGGACUGGGAAGUUCAACCUGUCAUCUGGAGACAUUAAAGCUAUCUAAUUGCUGUAUUCAAGAUGAAGGUUGUGCUGCUCUGGCUAAAGCUCUGAGAUCAAACCCCUCACACCUGAUAGAACUUAAUCUGAACAUAAAUACACUAGGAGAUUCUGGAGCAAAGUUGCUUUCUGCUCUACUUGAGGAUCCACGGUGUAAAUUGGAAAAACUACAGCUGGCCCACUGCAGUAUUGGAGAGGAAGGUUGUGCUCUUCUGGUUUUAGCUCUGAAAUCAAACCCCUUACACCUGGGAGAGCUCAAUCUAAGCUUUAACAAACCAGGAGAUUCAGGAGUGACACUGCUGUCUGCUGUACUGAUGGAUACACAGUGUAAACUGGAAAGACUACAGCUUUCCACCUGUGAUAUUAGAGAGAAAGGUUGCGCUGCUCUGGCUUCAGCUCUAAAAUCAAACCCCUCACACCUGAGAGAACUCAAUCUGAACUAUAAUAAACUAGGAGACUCGGGAGUGAAGCUGCUUUCUGCUGGACUGGUGGAUCAACAUUGUAAACUGGAGAAACUAUGGUUGUCCUGGUGCAGUAUUGGAGAAAAAGGUUGUGCUGAUCUGGUUUUAGCUCUAAAAUCAAAUCCUUCACACCUGAGAGAGAUUGAUCUGAGCAACAAUGCAACAGGAAAUUUUGGAGUAAACCUGCUCUCUGACCUACAGAAAGAUUCACAACGGAAACAAAUUGGAGAUUGUCCUGCUCUGGCUUCAGCUCUGAAAUCAAACCUCUCAAGCCUGACAGAGCUGAAUCUGAAUAAUAAUGCACCAGGGAAUACGGAAGUAGAGCUGCUUUCUGCUCUGUUGAUGGAUCCACGCUGUAAACUGGAGAAACUACAGAUGUCUCGCUGCUUUAUUAGAAAUGAAGAUUUUGCUGCUCUGAUUUCUGCCCUGAAAUCAAACCCCUCACACCUGAGAGAACUCAAUAUGAAUGAAAAUGAUCUUGGAGAUUCCGAAGUGAGGCUGCUUUCUGAUCUACUGAAGGAUCCACACUGUAAACUGGAGAAACUACAGCUGUCUUGCUGCCAUAUUAGAUAUGAAGGUUUUGCUGCUCUAAUUUCAGCUCUGAAAUCAAACCCCUCACACCUGAGAGAUCUCGAACUUAAUGAAAAUAAUCCAGGAGCUUCUGAAGUGAGGUUGCUCUCUGGUCUACUGAGGGAUCCACUCUGUGAACUGGCGAAACUACAGUUGUCUAACGGCUAUAUUAGAAAGGAAGAUUGUGCUUUUCUGGUUUUUGCUCUGAAAUCAAACCCCUCACACCUGAGAGAACUCAAUCUGAGCUAUAAUUAUCCAGGAGAUUCCGUAGUAAAGCAGCUCUGUGGUGUACUGGAGGAUCCACAGUGUAAACUUAAGAAACUACAACUGGAAUACUGCUGUAUUCGAAGUGAAGGUUGUGCUGCUCUGGCUACAGCUCUGAGAUCAAAGCCCUCACAACUGAGAGAACUUAAUCUGAACAGAAAUACACUAGGAGAUUCUGGAGCAAAGUUUAUUUCUGCUCUACUUAAGCAUCCACAGUGUAAACUGGAGAAACUACAGUUAUCUAAUUGCUAUAUUAGAGAUGAAGGUUAUGCUGCUCUGGCUUCAGCACUGAAAUCAAAUCCCCAGUCAUGCCUGAGAGAACUCGAUCUUAAUAAUAAUGAAAUAGGAGGUUUAGGACUGAAACUAUUCUCUGAUCUACUGGAGGAUCCACAAUAUAAACUAGAGGAACUACAUAUCUGUCCUGUACUGUAAAUCUCACAACAAGAGUUACAACCAACAAAACAAACAACUGUCUUCUGCCAAGGAGAACAAACAGCUGCUUGCUGCCACCUGCUGGACAAACACUGUCUUGUUAGGGUUAUGAACUCACAUGUAGUAAUAACUGAAAUAUUUCUGUAAAUACAUUUAUAAACAAGCAGUGAUGUUAAAAGUAUGGAUUCAGCGUAAUGCUCUUUCUCUUUGGCUGAGAAAUGUUCUGCUGAUGUUGUACUAGCCUACUUGCAGCAUAUGUUUCACUAUCACAAUACAGACAGGAGCCUAAGCCAAACACAUUUUUUAUGCAUUCCACAAAAUGUUUGACAAAGUGCUGUUGUGCAUUUUUUUUUCUUUACUGUGUACUUCUUUAAGUGUCCAGAAUGCUAGAGAUAAGAUGGUUCAGACUCAUUAACAUUUAAACUAAUUGAUAGGUGUCAUCAAAUCCUGCAGGAGUUAACUUUUCAGUGUGUUACAUGUAUAUAAAAUUGUGUGUAAAGAAACUGAUAUUUGAUAAAGCUUUGGCCGUAAACACGUCUUUUGAAUGAAAUGCCGAAUUAGUACUAUUGUUUUUUCUUUAUUUCCUACUUAAAACUUUACUUGGCCAGGAAAAAAACAACAGUAUUCAGUUUUAUAUAUUAUGCUAUUCUGACACAUGAUCACACGUGAUGUUACCUCUCAUUGCUUGGACAUUGUCAUUUCUAAUUAUUGGAUGAGGCAUUUAAAAAUGGUCAUAUAGCAACCUUUGCAUUUUAAAAGUUAACGAAUAUAGCCUACUUCUUACCGUACAGAUUGUUCCAAUAGGAUAAAACCUUAUUUAAAUUAUAUUUCAUAAUUUAAAUUAAUUAAUUUUCAUUUUAAUUUGUAUUUUAUCAUUUAAAUAGGCCUGCCGCCUACGUUUCAAUGGGUGAAUUGGCUUUUGAGCCAAAGAGCGCCCCCUGGAGGAAGAACCCUCUGUGACUCACUGGAACCCGCUAUUUACGUUUUUGGAGGAAUAUGCGUCCAGCACACCGAACAAACUGAAAGUGAUAGACGCGUAUCUCCUCUAUAUUGUGAUGACUGGAGCGCUGCAGUUUCUCUAUUGUUUAUUAGUCGGCACUUUUCCGUUCAACAGUUUUCUGUC